AUGUCCCUCGGCUCAGGAUCGUGUUUCUGGGGAUCAGCGAUCCUCAUUCUCCGCCUCCUGGAUCUAGGGAGCAGAGUUCUGGCGUCUGGAACAUCUGAGUGGACUUACAUUGGACUUCAUGGGGAAGAUCACUGGGCAUCCACCUAUCCAGAAUGUGGGAAUCGACAGCAGUCACCCAUUGACUUUCACACUGGCAUCUUUGAGUAUGAUCCAACCUUAGAACCCAUCCAGUUGCUAGGCUACAACCUAUCAGCAGCACUGAAUUUUUCUUUAACCAAUGACGGGCAUGCAGCAAAAAUGACCUUGCCUCCAACCAUGCAAAUGAUCAGUGCAUCUCAUCGCUAUACCGCUGUCCAACUCCAUUUGCACUGGGGGAGUGAAACUGAGGCUUUGGGCUCUGAACACACCAUCAAUGGGAGACAUUAUCCAUCAGAGUUACAUAUUGUCCACUAUAACUCUGAGAAGUACAAUGAUAUUUCCAUAGCACAAGACAAGGUCGAUGGACUGGCUGUUCUGGGAAUUCUAAUUGAGGUUGGAUCCUUCAAUGCUGCUUAUGAACAGAUAUUUUCUCAUUUAACAGAAAUCCAGUUUAAAGGUAAAGAGAUCAAGAUCCCUGGUUUUAAUAUUAAUGAUCUUCUCCCUCGGGAACUGGAUGAAUACUUUCGUUAUAAUGGAUCCUUGACCACCCCUCCAUGUUACCCCAGUGUGAUGUGGACAGUUUUCAGGAAACCUGUGCAAAUUUCUAGCGAGCAGCUGUCAGAGUUACAAAAAGACUUAUACUUCUCACGAAUGGAAGAAGCCAAUCAAACAGAAAUGGUGAACAAUUACAGACAUGUUCAGGAGCUUUGGGAGCGGGAAGUGCUCAUCUCAUUCCACGAAGACACUCUAACUGCUGAACAUAAGCUGACACUCGGUGUAAUCCUGACCGUCACUUUGGGAUGUGUGCUGUGUGUCAUGGUUGCUUCAGCUCUGACCGUUUUCUUCCUGCGGAAAAGGUAA